AAGCACAGGCAAAUUGCGGCGCUCUGCUUCUGCCAGUAGCAUCGACAUUAAGUCGCCGCUUUCUGCUGCUGUCUGUGAAAGUGUUUUGCAAACAAGUAUAUAUUUUUGUUCGGGUUUCAAGAUAUUUGCAAACUACUUUGACAUAUUAUUUGUCCUGGUUAAAUCAUGGCUCUCGUUAACGAAGCGCGUAUUGCAUUGAACCGUAUGGGUGUGAUUUCUAGACGCCAACAGCUUCGAUCACUCACAACGAGCAAAUAUUUGGCCCAACAAGUGGAGCCACAAGAUAUAAAGGCACCGCAAAUCAAGACUUUUCAAAUCUACCGAUGGAAUCCUGAUAAUGCUGGAGAAAAGCCGUACAUGCAGACGUAUGAGGUGAAUCUACGUGAAUGCGGUCCUAUGGUCUUAGAUGCUUUAAUCAAAAUUAAGAAUGAGGUAGACCCAACAUUAACUUUUCGUCGUUCAUGCCGGGAGGGAAUUUGCGGCUCAUGUGCUAUGAAUAUCGGCGGUACAAAUACUCUGGCUUGUAUUAGCAAAAUUGAUACAAAUCUUUCAAAGCCGCUUAAAGUGUACCCCCUCCCACACAUGUAUGUGGUUCGUGAUUUAGUGCCCGACAUGAAUAACUUUUAUGAACAGUACCGUUCAAUUCAACCAUGGUUACAAAGAAAGAAUGAGGUAGCCGAAUCAAAAGGUAAAGCGCAAUAUUUGCAAUCUGUGGAAGAUCGCUCUAAACUUGACGGUUUGUAUGAAUGCAUUCUUUGUGCUUGCUGCUCAACUUCGUGCCCAUCAUACUGGUGGAAUGGAGACAAGUAUUUAGGACCAGCUGUAUUGAUGCAAGCUUAUCGAUGGAUUAUUGAUUCUCGAGAUGAAAAUACCACUGAACGUUUGAGCAAACUUAAGGAUCCCUUCAGUGUGUAUAGAUGUCACACAAUCAUGAAUUGUACUCGUACUUGCCCUAAAAACUUGAACCCUGGACGUGCUAUCGCUGAAAUAAAAAAGUUGCUUUCGGGCAUGGCAAGCAAGCCAGCACCGAAAUUGGAUACAGCUGCUUUACACAAGUAAAUUAAAUUUUAGUCGAUUUGUUAUCACUUUUUCUUUUUUCCUAUAUGAAAGAUAUUUGAGGUUCUAUGUUGAAAUUAUUAUUCACCGAAAAGUACUUAUUCAUGAAGUAAUAUUCAUAAAUUACAACUUUGCAGUUUAAUUUUGAAAAAAACCCAAAUUUAUGUACGUAAAAUAAAGAUAUAAUUUAGCAUAAAUAUAAAA